CCCAUUAAAAAUCUGUAUUAGGGUUUUAUUCAAAAAGGGUUAAAAUGCUUCUUCAUCAUAUUUUUCCAUUCUCCGAACAGAAAAACCUAUCAGCAGCAGGCGGCGGCGGAGGAAAGUAGAAGCAGCAGGCGGAGCAUCAUGGGUAUCGAUCUAGUUGCCGGAGGUAAGUCCAAAAAGACUAAGCGCAUUGCACCAAAAUCCGACGAUGUUUAUCUCAAGCUUCUCGUCAAGUUGUACCGAUUUCUAUCACGGAGGACUGGUAGUAAGUUCAAUGCUGUGAUACUGAAGAGACUCUUCAUGAGCAAGAUCAAUAAAGCUCCAUUGUCUCUAUCACGUUUGGUUACUUACAUGACUGGAAAGGAGGACAAUAUUGCUGUUGUUGUUGGGACUGUUACCGAUGAUGUUCGAGCUUAUGAAGUCCCAAAAAUCAAGGUUACUGCAUUGAGAUUCACUGAAACAGCUAGAGCUAGGAUUGAGAAGGCUGGAGGAGAAUGUUUGACCUUUGAUCAGCUCGCUCUCAGAGCCCCUCUUGGGCAGAACACUGUUUUGCUUAGGGGCCCAAAGAACUCAAGGGAGGCCGUUAAGCACUUUGGUAAAGCACCUGGUGUCCCACACAGCCACACAAAGCCUUAUGUUCGCUCAAAGGGAAGGAAGUUUGAGCGAGCAAGAGGAAAGAGAAAUAGCAGAGGCUACAAGGCUUGAGGAAGUGCUGAUGUUUGAAUGCACAUUGAUAGAGUUUCUAUUAGAAGUAUUUGCCAACCUCUACUUUUACCAUUAAUAGUAUCUUGUUGGAUUUUCUUAUUUCAACUUUGUUUCUCUUACACACUCCAGCAUCAUAUUGCUGAUUUUUGAAUGUGUUAUCUGUUUUGCGAAAUCAAUCUCUAUUUAGAGAGUGAAUCUUUUAACAUUUACAACAAGAUUAUGCUUGGUAAUUCAUUUUGUUUUAUACUAA